CACUCCUCAUACAAAGCAAUCCUAUAAAAACCCAUCCCCCAAUUUCCCUCUUCACUCGAGCGGUCCAUUACCAUUAUGGUUAAACUCUUGCUCCUUGUUUUGGCGCUCGUUCAAGCCUGCAUUCUCGGUGCACAGGCGACCCACGUUAUUGCAUUUGGGUUCAGUGACAAAUACAGCCUUUAUCGCUACGCCGGCAUUUGCAUUCGUACUAGAAAUGGACUCGUAAUGCAGGACUAUGACACCUUUGCUCACACGGUCAACAACUUUGGUUACCACAAAGAUGGCGUCUCUGCUACUGUCACAUUCGACACUAGAUCAGUUAAUAUGCACAAUCCAAACUGGGGCCGCUUUCAAUUCCCGCACUAUGAUAGAAAUGGAAAGUACGAGCGCUGGGCUGGCUGCUUUGAGAGUCCCGGAGAUAGCUGCGAUUACUAUCACCAAGCUGUUAAUGAAUGUGAUGAGUUCUUCAGGAUCGGUGUUUGGAAGUAA